AUGUCUGAGCAGCCUGAGAAGGAGAUCCGCGUAUUCACUCUGAACUGCUGGGGACUGAAAUUCGUCGCAAAGGAUAGGACAGCGAGGGUCCGCGCCAUCGCCGACUACUUAUCUUCAACUCGCUAUGAUAUCGUAUGCUUGCAAGAGCUCUGGGUAUUUAGAGACUACGAACUUGUUCGCACUGCUGUGUCUGGUCAUCUACGAUUCUCCAAGUUCUUCUACAGCGGUGCUCUCGGAGCAGGACUCGUUAUAUUCUCUCGCUUCCCUAUCAUAGGUGCCACUAUACAACCAUACUCUUUGAAUGGUCACCCGCUGGAUGUUGCGGGAGGAGACUGGUUCGUGGGCAAAGCAGCUGCAAGCCUGCUGCUCUCCCAUCCCAUUCUCGGUCAAGUCCAGAUCUUCAAUACCCACCUCUUUGCGAAAGGUGGAGAGGCUGGCCCAGAACACCGUCGUGCUCAUCGCUUGGUCAACGCCUGGGAAUUCGCCAAACUCGCGAAACAAUCGGCGGAAGUCGGCCGCUAUGUCAUCGCGGCCGGCGAUUUCAAUAGUAUACCGACCACGUUACCAAUUACGGUUAUACGAGAGCACGCCGGUUUAGAAGACGCCUGGGCGUCACUCAAUCCUCCCUCAAACGCCCGAUCCACAUACGUCAACCCUCAAGAAGCAAUAUCUGUUUACGGUGUUACUGCAGACUCACCUCUAUGCACAUACUCGGCCGGAAAGCCUUUGGACGAGUUCGCGCGCUCCUCACAGGGCAAGCGACUGGAUUAUGUGUUCUAUCGGAAUCCGCCAAACACGACCUAUUCAACUCAAGAUCGUCGACCAGAGCUCGUAUGCAAGCACGUGGCUGUGAAGCUCACGGACCCUUUACCAGGUCAAAACUUCUCCUACUCAGACCACUUUGGGCUUGAGGCGACGUUCGAGAUUCGCCAGCCAGAGCACACCAGCCAUACACUGCUCCCAGACGUCACACCCGAGGCACCUACUCUUGGGGCACCGACAUCUCUCAUGCUUCCUCGCCUCAGUCGCGAACAUACGUCGAUAGUCCUGCACGCACUUCAAACGUGCUCGAACCAUGCCCGGAUGCGCUCAAGAAGAGAACUCGCUAUAUUUGGAGGAUGUCUCGCGUUUGAUCUCGCGCUCGUGGUGAGCUCCGCAUGGGUGCGGCCGACGCAGCUUGCGGUCCUGUUCGUCUUCCUGGGUAUGGUUGCGACAUGGCUGGGCACGACGAUGCUGUAUUCGGGUUUCCUGUACGGUAAUUGGGAAGUCAAUGCGUUACAAAACGUCAUAGACGAGCUGGACAUAUUUCAGAUUAGCUCCGAUGCUAUAUCUCGUGGCGCUGACAGAAUGGAGCUAUAUGAGUAA